AGAGGGAUUAUUAUUUAAAUAAUACUAUAAUUGUAUGUUGAGGCUUACAACAUCUAUUAGCCAUAUAUAGUUUCCUUUGUGUUUGUAUUAGAAAUUUUAUUUAACAAUGGUUAUGGCUAAGGAAGAAGUAGAGCAUAACAUUGGAAGAAAACCCACUCUAGCUUUCUCAGGUGAUAAAAACUUAGUUCUAGUGUCCUAUCGAAAGUUUCAUGAAGAGGUACCAGAUCCACUAUAUGUGGCUCAGACCUGUGGGGAAUGUCCAGACUGGUCUACUGAGGAAAAUGAUAUGGAUGCAGACGUCAUGGUUACCAACACUGGAGACAAAAAACAAGAGGGUUUAUCGAUUUCUGGUACUCCUGAAUAUUCUCCGAAAUCAUCAGGGAAAGCAUGUUUUGCAUUUGAUAACAGAGGCUAUGAAGGAAGUAUAGAAGCCCUCUCCCCCUUACCUCCUGAAGUAAGCUCUGUAGUGGUGAACAUAAUAGGUAUGACUUGCCAGUCAUGCGUUAAGUCCAUUGAAGGAAGAAUCUCCAAAUUAGCCAGUAUAAUGAGCAUAGCGGUCUGCUUGGAAGAAAACAAUGCUGUGAUAAACUAUAUAAGUUCUUCAAUCACACCACAGAAAAUUUGUGAAGAGAUAGAAGACAUGGGUUUUGAUGCCAGUAUUUCUGAUGUAAGAGCAACAUUAACAUCUCUGAAAAAUGGAUAUUAUAAAGAAGACAUUGUUAAAAUUAGAAUAGAAGGAAUGACAUGCAUGUCUUGUGUCAACACAAUUGAAGGUAAAAUUGGUAAAAUUCAAGGUGUCCAGAAAAUUAAAGUAUCUCUUGCAAGCCAGGAAGCCAACAUUACAUAUCAACCACAUGUUAUUCAACCAGAUGACCUUAGAAAAUAUAUAGACGAUAUGGGAUUUGAAGCAUCUAUUAAAAACAAACCAGAUCCAUCAAAACUUGGAACUAUUGAUAUAGAACGUUUGCAGAAGGUCUCCACAAAACAGAAUCCAGAUGUUACAUGUGGUAGCCCUAUUUUACAUUUAGAUAGGACUAACACAGUAACUUUAGGAAUAGAAGGCAUGCAUUGUAAAUCCUGCGUACACAAUAUUGAAGGAAACAUAUCUGAACUUGGUGGGGUGGACAAUAUUAAAGUCUCUCUUGAGAACAAAAAUGCAAUUAUAUGUUUCAACCAAAAUAUAAUUCCUCUUUUUUUCUUAAAACAAUCUAUUGAAGGCCUUCCUCCGGGCAACUUUAAGGUAACUCUUCCACCAGGAGUAGACAUUAGGCCUUCGUCAAAUGUCAAGUCUACCUUUUCUUUGCCAACAAAACAGGAACAGCUGAUAGACAAUAGCAUUGCAUUGAUCAGGAUUGAUGGGAUGACUUGUGGAUCCUGUGUGUCAUCUAUUGAAAAUAUGAUUUCACAAAAGAGAGGUGUGCAAAGUAUCCGUGUCUCUUUAGCUGAUGGGACUGGAAAAAUCCACUAUAAUCCAUCUGAAACGGAUGCAGAGGAUAUACGAGCAGCCGUUGAAGAUAUGGGGUUUGACUCCACUCUUAUCUCUGAUACUUCAUCCACCGGCACUUUAGAAAGGACGAACUCUGAUGUACCUAAAGAAACACAAACCCUAUCAAAAAACAUUGAUUCCAUUCAAGACUAUAUUUUUGAUAUCCUUCCCAAGAAAUCUCAACCAGACUCAACAGAACACAAAGACAUUGCAUCUCAGAAAUGCUUCCUACAGAUUACAGGAAUGACUUGUGCUUCAUGUGUAUCCAAUAUUGAGAGGAACCUACAGAAGAAAGAUGGUAUAAUUUCAGUGCUUGUAGCUUUGAUGUCUGGUAAAGCAGAGGUUAAGUACAAGCCGGACAGAAUCCAACCAGCAGAAAUAGCGCAGUUAGUUGAAAAUUUGGGUUUUGGUGCCAGUGUCAUGGAAGAUUACACAGCGACUGAUGGCUGUAUUGAACUCAAUAUUACAGGGAUGACAUGCGCCUCCUGUGUUCACAACAUUGAAUCGCGACUGAUGAGGACUUGUGGAAUCUUUCAAGCUUCUGUAGCUCUUGCUACCUGCAAAGCUCAAGUCAAGUUUGACCCAGAGAUUCUAGGACCACGAGACAUUAUAGGGAUUGUUGAGGGUCUUGGUUUUCAAGCAUCUUUGGCAAAACGAGACCCAACCGCUCAUAACCUGGACCAUAAAGAAGAAAUCAAACAGUGGAGAAAAUCCUUUCUAUUUAGCCUGAUUUUUGGGAUCCCUGUCAUAUGCCUUAUGAUAUACAUGUUAUUCGUUAACAAGAAUCACCACCAUUCCAUGGGGCUUGAAAAAAACAUCAUCCCAGGGUUAUCGAUAAUGAACCUCAUAUUCUUCAUUCUGUGCACCUUUGUUCAGUCUCUGGGAGGAUGGUACUUUUAUGUUCAGGCUUACAAGUCGCUGAAACACAAGGCCACUAACAUGGACGUGCUGAUAGUCCUGGCUACCACAAUCGCCUAUAUAUAUUCAGUGGUCAUCUUGGUUGUGGCCAUAGCGGAGAAGGCCGAGCAGAGCCCUGAGACCUUCUUUGACACACCUCCCAUGCUGUUCAUGUUCAUUGCCCUGGGACGCUGGCUUGAGCACGUAGCAAAGAGUAAAACGUCUGAAGCCCUUGCUAAGCUCAUAUCUCUACAAGCGACAGAAGCUACAGUAGUUACUCUUGGACCGAAUCAUUCAAUUGUGAGAGAAGAGCAAGUGGCUGUAGAGUUGGUCCAAAGAGGAGAUAUUGUAAAGGUUGUACCUGGGGGAAAAUUUCCAGUUGACGGAAAAGUGAUAGAAGGAACAUCUAUGGCAGAUGAGUCACUUAUCACAGGUGAGCCUAUGCCAGUAAGGAAGAAGCCCGGGAGUACAGUCAUAGCUGGUUCCAUCAAUGCACAUGGGUCGGUGCUGGUUGAAGCAACACAUGUUGGUUCCGAUACCACACUCGCCCAAAUUGUCAAAUUAGUGGAGGAAGCUCAAAUGUCAAAGGCACCAAUCCAACAACUGGCAGAUAAAAUAAGUGGAUACUUUGUACCUUUCAUUAUUAUCAUUUCCAUAAUAACUCUGUUAUGCUGGAUCACGAUUGGCUUUUUGAAUUUUGAAAUCAUAUUGAAGUUUUUUCCUAGUUACAAUAAAAAUAUCUCAAGAGCUGAAGUGAUAAUCCGGGUGGCAUUCCAAACCUCCAUCACAGUGCUGUGUAUUGCCUGUCCGUGUGCUUUAGGUCUGGCUACCCCCACAGCAGUGAUGGUUGGCACAGGUGUGGCUGCCCAGAAUGGUAUUCUUAUCAAAGGAGGGGAACCCCUGGAAAUGGCACACAAGAUAAAUGCUGUGAUGUUUGAUAAAACUGGUACAAUAACACAUGGAGUCCCUAAGGUCAUGAGAGUGCUGAUGUUGGGUGAUGUAGUUACCCAGUUGCCACUGAAGAGGAUGCUUGCAGUGAUUGGAACAGCGGAGGCUAGCAGUGAGCAUCCCCUAGGAAUGUCCGUCACUAAAUACUGCAAGGAGGAGCUUGGCACGGAAUGUUUAGGAUAUUGUACAGAGUUUCAGGCUGUCCCAGGAUGUGGAAUUAGCUGUAAAGUGAGCAACAUUGAAAGUGUUCUGGUGCAGAGUGAAGACGGCUUAAAUGAGCAGAACUCCUAUAUGAACAGCCUCAACAAUACACAAGGCAGCUCCUUAUUCAUAUUGCCAGAAACAGAAGGUGCUGCUGCUCCGCAAAGUCACGCAGUAUUAAUAGGUAACCGUGAGUGGAUGAGGCGCAAUGGCUUACACAUUUCUAAUGAUGUUGAUGAGGCUAUGGCUAGUCAUGAGAUGAAGGGACAGACUGCUAUACUGGCAGCAAUAGAUGGGGCACUAUGUGGUAUGAUCGCCAUCGCCGACACAGUGAAGCCAGAAGCAGCUCUAGCUGUGCACACUCUCAAAUCAAUGGGUAUAGAUGUUGUAUUGCUUACAGGUGACAAUAGGAAAACUGCCAAAGCAAUUGCCACCCAGGUGGGUAUAACAAAGGUUUUUGCAGAAGUCCUUCCAUCUCAUAAAGUUGCUAAAGUCCAGGCUCUUCAGAGUGAAGGAAAGAAGGUUGCCAUGGUUGGCGAUGGAGUCAAUGACUCCCCUGCACUUGCCAGAGCAGACAUUGGAGUUGCCAUUGGCACAGGGACAGAUGUGGCCAUUGAAGCAGCAGAUAUUGUCCUUAUUAGAAAUGAUCUGCUAGAUGUGGUUGCCAGUAUCCAUCUAUCAAAAAGGACAGUAAGAAGAAUACGUAUAAACUUUGUAUUUGCAUUAAUAUAUAAUUUGGUUGGCGUGCCCAUAGCUGCAGGCGUGUUCUUUCCAUUGGGAUUAGUGCUACAGCCGUGGAUGGGUUCAGCUGCAAUGGCAGCUUCUUCAGUUUCUGUGGUUUUGUCAUCGCUGCAACUAAAAUGCUACACCAAGCCAGACUCUGAAAAAUAUGAAUCCCGAGCCCAGGGUUGCAUGAAGCCUCUAACCCCAUCACAGAUAAGCGUCCAUAUUGGUAUGGAUGAUAGGAGACGGGAUAUAGAGAUGGCUACUUGGGACCAGAUCAGCUACAACAGCCAGGUGUCUUCGACGUCUCUGUCAUCAGCCAAGCAGAUAUGGCACAACGGAUUUGCAAAAGAAAGUCAAGAUAAACUGUCACUGCUAAUUAAUGAAACAGAUGAGGACCAGUACAUGUGAAUAUUUACACUGAAGAGAUAUAUGAUCAUGGUGUGAAAUGACCAGAACAGAGAUUCGUUUGUAUAAUAAAGCACUGCACUUUUUUCUCUCAUAGCAGCCCGUUUACCAUUAAAUAGUAUUUUUCAGUAUUGUACACUUAGGUAAAGAAUUUUGUGUCCUGCAGUCUGGAGCAGAUUUUCUCAUUAGAUAUUCUGUUAUUAGUCAUUUUAUUAUCCUGUAACCGUAGUAUGUAGUCAGCAAUAGCUUUGAAAUUAUGAAAGAACCGCAAUUACAAAUGUUAAAAUGUUAUUUUUUAAAAAAUAUUUCUGUGGAAAAUGUUAGGCAAAAGCUUUUUAAUUGAAACCACAGGAAAUUCAUGAUUACCAACUACCAAUACAGUUGUAUUAAUGCUGAGUAUAUGAUAUGGAUCAAGCCUUCAUAAGCCUUAUAAGAAAAAGUUGGUUUAUUCAGCACAGAAGUAUCUAUUGAAAAAAAACAAUAUACUUUAACAUACUUCGAUGGCCCUACACUUGAAUGGAGUAUAGAAAACAUUUUACAAUGUCUCUUAAAAUUUUAAUCAAAACAUACAGCAGGAUGGUUAAUCAUUUUAUUUUAUUUUUUCUCAUGCCCUUAUACCAAAACUAUAAGACUUUUUGUAAUUUAGAUACUGCUACUAACUGUGAGUAAUGACUCUCCACUUAAUACCUGCAAAAUGACUGAAAGCCAAUACAAAGGUUCCAUAGACUUGGUGUCAUUUUGUAACGUUUAACCACAUGAUCUAUAUGUGCGUGUACUGAUUUUGAGGAAAUGUUAGCUUGUUUAUGAAGGGAGGCAAAUGCUGCAAUGCAACAUUAGGGCUUAAUUUAUUUAAAACUCUGGGUCAUAUUCUCAAAAGCUCUUCAGCUUGGAGUGAAAUUAUAGUGCAGAUUUAUAGUUCACUUAAUUCUCUAAGAAAAAGGGUGGAACCUUCAAGUCCCAGAGAGAUGACAGCUGCCUCUCAUAGAAAGUGAUGGGAUGGAGAAUCUGACUUGUGAGAGAGGGGAUAACAGGAGAGCACCGGUCACUGAUAUAAAUUCUCAUUUGUGGAGGUUAAAUACACAGCAUUAAAGGGUCACUAGUCUUUAAAUUACAUGCUUUAAUGAAUUAGAGCCUGUCAUUUUUCCAACUAUAAUGGCCCUUUAAAUGUAAUACAUUUUAAAGGACUUAGAGCUAGAUUACAAGUGGAGUGCUAUUUAUCGCUCCCACUCGAGCGUAAACUUUGCUCCACUAAGGCUUUUUGCACACAUCAGGAACCACGAAUUUUACAAGUAAAAAAUGUUCACUCGAGAGCUAACCUGAUUCAUGCAAAAAGCCAAAGCUCGAAUAUCACAACCCUGUUAAUGUAUUCCUCCAUAGGGAGAGAUCUAAUAUGCACCGGAUGCUGCUUUCUCUGCGUGAAGUUUCCGGCUUGCCGGAAACAGAAGUUAAGAAGCAGCGGUCAUUUGGUCAAUUGGCCGCGAAUGUGUAGGGGGGCGGCAUUGCACAAGCAUUUCACAAGAUGUCGGGCUGUAGUGAAUCAUGUCCGCCCAACAUAUGAUAAAUUGACCCCACAAACUUCAAUGGAGCAUGAAAAGUGGAAAAAAGUUGCGCAAACCCGAUUCCGUUUAACCAAAGUGCACUUGCCACGACAUGAAAUAUUAAUAUUUUACAUUCAAAUGUUC